AUGUUCACAGACUCCCAAGACGCCAUCCGUUCACUGAAGACGCAUCAAGAAACGUGCAAGGCGAUUCAGAAUAUUACGACUACGGCCAUCAAGCUAAGGAUGCGCGACAUCCGAGCCUCGGUACGCUGGAUCCCGGGUCACGAAGGGAUCGAGGGCAACGAGAUAGCCAACGAGGCAGCAGGAGAGUUAACUCGUUCCUUCCUCCGCUGCCUUCAAUGCCACUCCGAAGCCCCCGCGCCCUCUCGAACCCAUCGAAAUCCACCACAAAUGUCACAACCAAUCGAGUCUCCAAAGAGCGAACCUGACGGCUUUUACGACCCUUUUUGGGAAAUUAAAGCAGCCAGGAUCGCUCUGAAGAAAACUAUCGACAAGCACAAAGACGUGGCACGGGAAAGCCUUCCCAAGGGAUUCCGAAGACACGAAUCUGUCCUGCUAAGAAGACUCCAAGCAGGAGCUGCAGUCACUCCAUCAAUAACGAAGAAAUGGGCGGACGCUAAAAAGAAGAAGAAGAAUCCGGACUUUGUACCAAAACCAGACCAGUGCAAGUACUGCCUAGAGAAUCUCAGAGCAGACACUCAACACUUGGUCUGGGAAUGUUCAAAGCUCGACCAAGAACGCAAUGACGCCCUGGGAGCGCUCAACCAUGAAGACAAACCUUCAACACUCGACGAAUGGGUAAACCCGGCAGGAGACUCAGAACGACGCAGCCUCAUCCUCCGAUCGCUGGUCGACUUUCUGAAGACGGCCAACCUCGGCAGAGACUUGUAGCUGCCACAAUUACAACCCUACGCGCUUCCA